AUGCGGCGGGCGAGGGAGAGUAUCAAUUUGGGCGAGCUCGGGAUCGGGGAGAUUAGGAGCAACAAGGCGGCUACUGGUGCCCUCCUCCUUGAGAUCCCCGGUCCCGAGUCGCAUACGAGAGCGGAUGCCCUCGCCAGUAGGAUGUCGGCUCUCUUCGCCGAUACGGGGGACGUGCGGAUAGCGCGUCCCUCGAAGAGGGCCGACAUAAGGAUCCGCGACCUCGACGACGCGGCCAUCGUGGAGGAAGUUGUCUCCGCGGUGGCGGUAGCCGGGGGCUGCGGGCCCGGUGAGGUAAGGGCGGUGGCAGUCCGCCCCGGGGCGAACCGCAUGGGGACGCUGUGGCUCCAGUGUCCCCUUGCGGCCGCCCGCAAGGUUUUGGACGGGGGACGCCUUAAAGUAGAGUGGUCCUCCGUCCGGGUGGAGACACUGACGAAGCGCCCUCUCCAAUGCUAUAAAUGCUUGGAGUGGAAGCACGUCAGAACCACUUGCAGAAGCAGCGCCGACCGCAGUGGUCUUUGUUACCUCUGCGGUUCGGCUGGCUACAGGGCCGCGGCGUGCGACGCACUGGCGACAUGCCCGGUGUGCCGCGACUCCGGCGGACGGGGGUUCCAAAGCCCCGGUUUCUCCCAAGGACCCUGCCCCAUUGGAGCAGAAGCCUCCCUCGGCGAGGACCGGGGCGAAGAGAGGGAGCGGUGCUCGUGCCGGGGGAGUCCACAGUCUAUGGACUCCUCGGCCGAGCGCCGCAACAAGAAAAAGAAGGAGAAUCUGGAGGAGAGCGGUAAACCGUAA